AGUGAUUGUAGAAGAAAUGAUGAUGGAAGGGGGUUGUUCAGGCAAGAAGAGAGCAUGGCCUAAAGAUGACUUCACUGACGUGGUUUUGAAAUGGUCCCUUCAUGACAUUUUUAAUGAGAAUCGAUACAAAGAUCAGGUAGAGUGGAUACCUGAAUUAUUUGAAUCAGUAGGGAAUUACCUUGGCUCUUACAUCUACCCUUUAUUGGAAGAAACACGAGCACAGCUCGCUUCUGCUAUGGAAUUUAUACAUCAGGCACCAUUUGCUGAAGUGCAAAUUCUCGAGGAAGCAAAAUCUUGUGGAAAAUUUCUAUACGAUGUUAAAGUUGAUCAAUGGAAAAACAAAUUUGUUGACCAUGGUAAAGAGCUUUACAAAGUAUUGCCGGGUGAUAUUCUUGUUAUUUCAGAUUCAAAACCUGAAACCAGUUCUGACCUCCAAAGGAUGCACUGGUCAUGGACAUUGGCAUCGGUAACUGACAUUAAAGGUGAAGGCAUUGAUGAGAGCACUUCAUCAACUAAGUUUAAGGUCAAGACACCGGAAGACAUGCCAUUCAAGGGUGGGAAGCAGGACUGGCUUUACGUGGUUUACUUGACAAAUACUAUGACAAAUAAAAGAAUAUGGAAGGCAUUGCAUUGGUUCAAAAAUUUGACGCUUAUUGAGAAGGUUCUUUGCUCUAAUGCCAUGGUAAGUAUGAGGCUGAAUUGAUGCUUUCGCCAUGGCAUUAUCUCAAAAAGACUUGAGUUUCCAAAUUUGAUGCCCAGAUUCUUCCCCUUUUUGAAUAUACUUUUAACUGUAGGUAUAAUUUCCCAUUACAGUCAAAAUGAAAUAUCCUAGCUAGUAAUAGUGGAUGUACCACGGUAGCCUGC